GUCCUUUUAAUUUAACUGGUGACGAAAUCAUAACAACGUGGAGUCUAACUGGGCAUGUAAUAAAUGACACAAUGAUUGUGGAACAUUUCCAUAUGCUUCCAUCAGUUAAAAAACUUAAAGUGUAUUUUGAAUUUUUCCAAGGCAACAAAGAGCUUAAUGAUUUUGCCAUAACUUUUGUAAAUGAAUUUUGGCCGCCGUUAUAUCGAGCGAUGUUGCCACUUGUAACGGAGGUAGUGGAUCCAUGGGUGUCUGCUCUUUGCAAUAGAUUGGUCUCAAAAAUUCCCUUUUCCGAAUUAUUUCCAUAAAAUUUAUACAUUUAUUAUGCAUUAAGAAAUAUCGAUAAAUGCAAGUAAAAGAAAAAUUAUAUUAUAUAAUUAUUUAGAAACACGAGUUCAAUUUAUAUUGCUUAAAGAAAUUUCCUUUAAGUUCUUUUUCAGUUUUUGUAAAGUGACAAAAAGAGAAAAAUAGAGAGAAAGGUAUGUUUUAUUGAUUAAUGUAUUAAUCAAUAUAUAUAUAU